GAGGAGAGAGAGAGAGGAGAGAGAGAGAGAGAGAGAGAGAGAGAGAGAGAGAGAGAGAGAGAGAGAGAGAGAUUCUACGGCACAAACCGUGAUGAUAAUGGAGUCGAGCAGAAGGAGGAUGUCUGAUCUGCGAGGAAGGACUGUCGAUAUUUGACAGAAAGGCUCGUCGAAAGCUCUUCCUCGCUCCUGAUCGCGCUCGGAUUUCCACAUGCUGCGUGAACAUCCACGCUGAAGCCGAGCCAGAGGAAGGGGAUCACCCCACGGAUGCCACGGAAGGUAAUAACGGGGCUCACCGCGCGCGCUAUAGGCGACAAGACGCAUCACAUCCGUUGGAUGGACAUAAAGAACAUAACGCGCACAGCUUUGGACUGAUGGAUGAGGAUGAAAAACAGCUUUAAUCACCCCCCCCAACCCGACGACUGUGAAUCCCGUUUGGAUGGAUUUUCAUUUUUCUUGGUGGUGUAGCCCCACAAGAAAAACGCGCCUCAGCAAUGUUGAAUCACUGGUGUUGGUUAAUUAUUCAUUAGUGGCACCAAUGGGUAGGAUAUGAUUUUUCAUUGCUUCAAUGUAGCAUUUUCACCCAUUCAUUUCUGCAAUGUUUGGUGAGAUCAUGUAUUUGCAUAGUGUGGUUAUGUAGGCCUCUAGCAGCCACACAUGAAAUAGCCAAAGCCAGUCGAUAUUAAAAAAAAAAGAAAGGAAAGGAAAAGAAAGCAGAGCUGGAGGCGCACGUGGGCCUUAUUAUUUUAAUUUUUUUUUUUUCUAAUUAAAAGGAACUAAAAAAAAGAAGAAAAAAAAGAAAGGUGGAAAGUGAGAAACCAAACAUGUUGCCUUCCCAAGAAGCCUCCAAGAUCUACCACGACAAUUAUAUGCGCAACUACCGAGCCAUCGGGGUGCUGUGGGCCAUCUUCACCAUCUGCUUCGCCAUCGUCAACGUGGUGGUGUUCAUCCAGCCCUACUGGAUCGGCGACAGCGUCAACACGCCGCAGGCCGGAUACUUCGGCCUCUUCCACUACUGCGUGGGCAGCGAGCCGUCGCCCAGCCGGGAGCUCACCUGUGUGGGCAGCUUCUCCGACUUCAGCUCCAUCCCGUCCGGAGCCUUCAAGGCGGCCUCGGUGUUCGUGCUGCUGUCCAUGGUGCUGACCCUCAGCUGCAUCGCCUGCAUGGCGCUCUUCUUCUUCUGCAACACCUCCACCGUUUACAAGACCUGCGCCUGGAUGCAACUGCUGUGCGGGGUGUGCCUGGUGUUGGGUUGCAUGAUCUUUCCUAAUGGCUGGGAUGCCGAGGUGAUCCGGGACAUGUGCGGGGAGCAGACGGGGAAGUACUCCCUGGGUGACUGCUCUGUACGCUGGGCCUAUAUGCUGGCCAUCAUGGGCAUCCUGGAUGCUCUCUUCCUGUCCUUCCUGGCCUUUGUCCUUGGCAACCAGCAGACAGACUUCUAUCUGGAUGACUUGCAGACAGACAACAAAGAUUUUGCUGUGUCAAGGAUUGAAGUCCGGGACAGAAGAGAGCCGAGGUACGGGGUGCAGCGUCUUCACUGAGACCGGUGACUGCACUGGAUGACUUCUCUUUUCUUCUCUUCUCUAAAUUCAUAUUUCUCUUCUGCUCCUCUUCUCUACUCUCCGAUGAUCAGGAUAUCACCCAAUGCAGACACAAAGUGUACAGGAUUCUGUAAAUGAGAAAAAAAAAAAACCCUAAAUCAACAAAACACACUGGGAUAAACUAUAUUUUGGAAAAAAAAAAGUUAUACAAGGUUGUACAGUGCAUUUAACAGUCAACUUUCUUAAUGAAUACCUUUAUGAAAAAAUACCUGUAUUUAAACUCUUGAUUUGUGUGAGAUGUUCAAUCCUGAAGAUGAAGAACCAUGUACAUUUUUUUGAAAUUAAUGAUUUAUUUAAAGUUGUGCUGUUGGUUCACUUUCAGUUAUGCAUCGUGCGCAUCCUUAGCAUCAGAAAGCAGGGGUUGUCUGUUUUCAUACGUGGAUCCUCCUACCGUGAUAUAAUCAAGUUUCUCAAUCCAGCAAGAAGAACAUCCAACACUCUAAAUCGCUUCAGCAGGGAUUUGUAUGGCUCUUCAUCUGAGGACUUCAAAUGUGGAGGAAUUUAAAGGAGUACCCCAUUGCAGCUUUACAGAACUUAACAUCUCUGGGAGAUUCUCUGUUGUACAUACUGAACAAUGUAAAUAACAUUACUGCUGACAACAAAACCUCAUGUGACUCAAAUGCAUUUGGUUUGUGCAUUUCUCCCCUUGGUUUCAGCGUGUGUGGUGCCACAGCAACAUCUGACUCUGUAAAACACCAAAACCCAAUCAGGAAAA